UUCUAAAAUGCACAUAUUAUUUAGAUUUAACAAUUAAAACUACUGACAAAUUUGUUUCUGAACCCUCUCAAUUCAAGUGUGCAUGCCAAGGUGUCAUUCCAUUCUUGCAUUCACACAUGGGAUCAAAAAAUGAAAUUCCCCAAUCCCAUCCAUGUCUCAAAAAGUCACUGACUGCUGGAAAACAGCAGAAAUUUAUUCUCUCCUGGAAAUGAAUCAGAAGGCAGACCAUCGCUGGGUAGCCAGCAUAUGAUUCAGCAGAGCUUUGUAUAAAAAGUAUAAAGUUCAAGAACAACCCAAAAAGGACUGUGGAAGUAGUGGCUGGUUUUACCCUUCUUGGAAUCAUUACCAACGCAUCUCUGAACUGACUGGGGGUAACGGAGGAGCACACCAGCGUGACACAGCUGUGGCUUUUAAAGAGCAGCCAACAACAAGCAAUUAGGGGCUCUCGGCAAGUGCAGAAUCGACCUGCGAAUAUGCUGCCACAAAUAGCCCUUUCGCUGCUAAUGCCGUUGAUCUUGGUUCGCGGGCAGUUUUAUGCUGAGCAACACCAAACCCCUACAGGUGUAAAAGGCCCACGGCUCAAUCCUGAGACGCGGUUCUUUAUCCCAUACACCAUAAGGAGUAAAGGUAUAGCCGUAAGAGGAGAGCAAGGUGUCCCUGGUCCACCAGGUCCCGCUGGACCUCGAGGGCACCCAGGUCCUUCCGGGCCACCAGGAAAACCAGGCUAUGGAAGUCCCGGACUCCAAGGAGAGCCAGGACUGCCAGGACCACCAGGACCAUCAGGCACUGGGAAACCAGGUUUGCCAGGACUCCCAGGAAAACCAGGGCAGAGAGGACCAUACGGACUGAAAGGAGAUGUCGGACCAGCUGGCUUACCUGGACCACGAGGCCCACCAGGACCACCCGGAAUCCCCGGCCCGGCUGGAAUUUCUGUGUUGGGAAAACCGGGGCAACAAGGACCUGUAGGUGCCCCAGGACCCAGAGGCUUUCCUGGGGAAAAGGGUGCACCAGGAGUCCCUGGUGUGACUGGACAAAAAGGGGAAGCAGGACAUGGUGCUCCUGGCCAUCCUGGUGAGAGGGGGCUCCCAGGCCCUCAGGGCCCCGUGGGACCACCUGGCCCGCCUGGAGUGGGAAAACGAGGUGAAAAUGGGUUUCCAGGACAGCCAGGCAUCAAAGGUAACCAGGGCUUUCCAGGAGAAAGGGGACCAACUGGUCUGCCAGGUCCCCAAGGUCCUCCUGGAGGACAAGGACCAGAAGGUAUUGGAAAGCCAGGGGCCCCUGGAGCCCCAGGUCAGCCAGGGAUUCCAGGAACAAAAGGCCAGCCUGGGAUUCCAGGAAUAGCUGGACCCCCUGGGGCUCCUGGUUUUGGGAAACCAGGCUUGCCAGGUCUGAAAGGACAAAGAGGACCUGCUGGACUUCCAGGGAGUCCAGGUGAGAAAGGGGAACAAGGGCCAGCAGGUCAUCCUGGGGAGCCAGGUCUGCCUGGAUCCUCUGGAAGUGUGGGACCCCAAGGACCAAAAGGCAUCCCAGGCAACCAAGGUAUCCCAGGUCCUAAAGGUGAAACAGGGCCAGUGGGACCUGCAGGUCAUCCCGGGGCUCGGGGAGCAAGGGGUCCUCCUGGGUCAGAAGGAAAACCAGGGUCCCCAGGAGAGCCAGGUCUCAGUGGGCCUAAAGGUAACCCAGGGUUACCAGGCCCAAAAGGUGACCCUGGAGUGGGAGGACCUCCUGGUCUCCCAGGCCCCAGAGGCUUCACAGGAGCUAAGGGAGUGCCAGGACAUGAUGGUGAAGCUGGUCCCAGAGGUGUCCCUGGAAUACCAGGUACCAGGGGCCCCACUGGGCCACCAGGUAUUCCAGGAUUCCCUGGAUCUAAAGGUGAUCCUGGAAAUCCAGGUGCUCCUGGGCCAGCUGGCAUAGCAACUAAAGGCCUUAAUGGACCAAUUGGACCACCAGGGCCUCCAGGUCCAAGGGGUCAUGAUGGAAAGCCUGGUUUCCCAGGGCCCCCGGGCCCCCCAGGCCCCCCAGGCCAGGCAGUCAUGCCUGAGGGCUUCAUCAAAUCAGGCCAAAGAAUGGGUCUUUCGGGGAUGCCUCUUGCUAGUGCCAACCAGGGAGCAACAGGAAUUCCUGGGUCUGGUUUUACAGUUAUCCUUUCCAAAGCUUACCCAGCAAUAGGUGCUCCCAUUCCAUUUGAUAAGAUUUUGUAUAACGGGCAACAGCAUUAUGACCCAAGAACUGGAAUCUUUACCUGCAGGGUACCUGGAAUAUACUAUUUCUCCUACCAUGUGCAUGUGAAAGGGACUCACGUUUGGGUUGGUCUGUAUAAGAACGGCACCCCCAUAAUGUAUACCUACGAUGAGUACACCAAAGGCUACCUGGACCAGGCUUCAGGGAGUGCCAUAAUAGAGCUCACGGAAAAUGACCAGGUGUGGCUCCAGCUGCCCAAUGCUGAGUCAAAUGGCCUCUACUCCUCUGAGUAUGUCCACUCCUCCUUCUCAGGAUUCCUGGUGGCUCCCAUGUGAGCACAUGCCCCUAGAGCUAAUCUAAUUCUUCUGUACGAAAAGGCACGCCCAGCUCCAUCCCACCCCGCAACACACAUGUGGAGGCGGGCUGAACAUCUCACCAUAAAAGUCCUACUAACGUAAAAAAAAAGGCAAAAUCACAAAAAACCAACAACAGAAUUCUAAAUUGUGUUAAAAUUUAAUUUCAGAGACAGCAUUUCCUUUUAAAAUAAGCCUUAUUCUAACAAUUUAUAUGAGAAUUUUUAGGAAACAUCCAAGAAGUAACAUAUAAUCCUGUAGAACUUAAAUACUUGAAUAUCUACACUAAAAAAAAAACACUAUGUAACCUAAGAUACUGGUAACGGUGCAUUGUUCUACGGCUUACUGGCCUCUUUCGUUAAGAUUGAUUCAAAUAUAUAGGUGCAUAUGUACUCUUUGAAGCUCUCAUAAAAAAACAAAACACUGUGUAAAAUUAAUCUGAAAUGCCAGGUGCUUUAAUUAUGGAUCUUUUCAAAUUUUUCUGUGAUUACAGAAAAUCUUUCCAUAUACUUAUCACAACUCUGAAAUAGGGGUCUGACCUAUUAUUUAACACAAAUGUGAUUAAUUUAAUUCCUUACUGAAUCUUAUACAAUAUUCUGUGGGUUUAUAGAAUACUAGCAUAUAUACCUUAUGCUUCUCAUUCUAGUGAAAUUAUGACUAGCAUCAAGGAUUUCAAAAUAUGACUAUAAAUGGAAAUAUAUUAUUUAUUUAUGGUCUAUACUGUAUUUUUAUAUUACUGUUUAAAACUUUUAAGCUGUGCCUUACUUACUGAAGCAUGAAAAGUUUAAUCUACUCCUUAUUUACAAAGCAAUAAAAUAACAUCAACAGAUUUUAUACUGAAUUGACUUGAAAGCUGCCAAUUUGCUAUUCUCAAUCACGCUUCUAAGGCAUUUCAUUUUCAAAAGUUAAUGAGGACAGAAGUACUAAGGCAGUGGAUGGCUUUGACAGCUGCUAUGGGUAUCAUGGGCAGCAUUCCACACCCCUGUACUCAGUGUGUUUGUUUGUUUUUGUUUUUCUUCUGGUACCAGAAAUCGAACUCACAACCUUGCACUUGCCAGGCAGGUGCUGUGCUGCUGAGCUAAAUCCCCAGCUCCCCCGCCCCCCGCUACUCAGUGUGGAUGAAGGGGAACCCACGAGGCCAUAGCGGCUAAGGAGCCAGGUCAAGGGAGAAAAAGUAGGCACAGAAGAGUGAGAAAAUCAUGCCAUGGGACAGAAAGCAGCAGGUGGCAGAGAAAUACGUAAUUCAAACAAAUAUUCUACAAUUACUAUUUAUUUCUUUGACAUUUUUUAGUCAUAAUAUUUAAAAUUAUUUUGAUGGCUUCAUUUACAUUAAGAAAGUAAGUAAUAUUUUAGUGUCAAUCAAAAAGCAACAUGUUUCAAAGUUGAAAAAUACUACUCUCGAGUAUCCAUUAGCCAACUAGUUGAAUCAAGCCAUUCUGAAUAAAGUGACUGAGGCAACACUCCA